GGGGAGCGGCGCGUUAUCGGGGCUGCUUUGAUUUCUCGCCCCGCUCCGCGCGGGCCCCAUCGCUGCCAGCCCCCGCUCAAGGAUGAACCUGGGCGCAGGUCGCCUCCCCGCCGCCGUCCCGCAGGAGACUCGGGGGUGACGCUCGCCGCCCGGCGAGGGAGAGGGAGUGCGGCCGUGCCGGCCGUGGCAGCACCCCACCAUGCCGAGGUCCUUCCUAGUAAAGAGCAAGAAAGCGUACAGCUACCGCCAGCCCCGCUCCGCCGAUGAGGACUACAGCCUGCGGCUCGAUCCGGACACUUCCCAGGGGCGCUUGUCCCCGGAAUCCCACCUUACCGAUGCUGCCGAUGGCAUCUCCGAGUCAAUGCCCAGCUGCGAGGGCAGCUUCUGGGACAGAGCGUCCGAAUUUGAGGAUUUCUGGAGACCUCCCUUGCCCUCUGUGUCGCCAGCCUCGGAGAGAUCUGUGUGUCCGCCCCUAGAUGAAGCACCCCCUUUCUCGGUGCCCUUCAGUCCGUCCAUGUGGAACAGCCUGGGUGGCUCUGAGCUGAGGCAUCCUGUGCAAAGCUACAGGCCCUGCCCAACGCUGGAGCGACCCUCAGCGCCGGGGCUCUUGUGCGACCGAGGCUCUGAGCCUGCCCU